AUGUCUGAGCCAUUCUCGGACAGAGAAAAGUCCAGGAUGGGACUGGUUGUGCACUCUUCUCGUCCUUCCAUGCCGUUCAUUGAGGAAGACUCCGAGAUCAAGUCCGAAGUCAAAACUGAGGAUAGCGAGCGCCAAUCACCUCUAUUCGAGCCACAGGAUGUGUUAAAGAGAAGCAUCGAGGAUGAACCUCUGGAAGUCAAGAGACCAAAGCUGUCUACUGAUUCCGGUCCCCUCGCAUAUGGUGGAGGCCCAGCCCGCCCGUACGUUCUAGGAAGGCCGUACAACUACUCAAGACAUGAGAUUGUUCCGCAGCUUGAGGUCAACAGCCAACAUCACAAGAUGGCUAUCGAACAUUUUCUCUUCAACGUCAAGGAAGUCGUGCUCCCUGCGCUUUCACCUUACAGAGAUGAAGACAAGUCAAUCAAUGACACUUUCAUGUGGUUCGAAAACGGCAAAAACUUGAACAUUCCCGCGAUACCGCCGACAUCCUUCGCUUUCAGUGGUAACAGUGGCUCGGGAAAGACUAGCACACUCAACAAUGUCCUCGGCAUGUCUGGUCUUGCUAAUGCUGACGCUGCGAUGGAGAGUGUCACCCAGAACCCACAACUCUUCAAUCAUGGCAAUCGCCAGCAGACCAUGUUCGUGGUUGAGGUUUUGUUUCUCAAUGCGCGAGCUAUUGAGAGCUUGAUCAAGAGAUGUGUGACUGAUCUGGUCAUCUAUGUCAGAUCUAUGUCGGAUGAUGAAGCUGAAGAAGAGAACGACUACAUUCGCGAUUCGGCCGAGUCGAGCAGACAAGUAUUCGACGAUCUCUUUUCCCAUCAGGACGGAUUGAAAAGCUUAGAUGAUGUCGAAGACUUUCUGGAGACCAAAACCCUUCUUUCUCACGAGAACGAACCAAUCUCGGAGUCAGCUGUUGAUCGUCUAUAUCAGCAGAUCAAGGACCGCGCUUCUUCUGAAGGCAUCAACCUAGACUCCCGCGCACUCAAGCUUACUGCCGGUAACGUCGGAGAACUUCGCGCAAAGACUGCCACAUUUUCCGAGCGCGGUGCCUUUGCACCUCUUAUCAGCAGUAUUCGUACCAAGUUCCACUCGCCCUUGCUCGCGAUGGGUAUCGAGCUUGCUGACUUGCCUGGAUACACGGACACGAACAUCCAUCUGCGCAAGACAUCAAUGGCAUAUUCAGUCAACUGCCCAAAGGCUAUCUUCGUGGCUGAUCUUUCAAGAUGUCUGACCACUCCCGAGUUGAAGAGAAGCUUGAAGGAAACCAUCAAGCUUAAGGGCGCAGAAAAUGUUUGCUUGGUUCUCCGCGGAAAAGAGGUUGUUGAGAAAACCAAGAGCAGCAAGUGGAACAAGGUUGAGUCUACUCAUCUCGAGACUUUGGAAAGAUCUUUGGAGAACGCAAACUUUCAGCUGAACGGCAAUGACGAUCAGAGCAUCACAGCCCAAGUCACAGCUGAUAUCCAGACUAUCGAACGCCAGAUUCUCGAGCAUAAGAUCGCCGUCCGCGAUCGUAUUAUCACCGAUCACUUCUCGCAGAAGGAGUACCAGAACAAGCACAAUGCUGGUAAGAUACGGGUCAUCACAGUUGCCAACAAGUGCCAUGAGUACUACAUGGCUGGCUCCCAAUCUCACAAGGCCGUGCUUUCGUUUGACAAGACUGGUAUCCAGGAGUUGCGGGCCUAUAUGUGUGAGACGCCCAGCAGGGACCGCGUUCGAGCUUUUGCGCGUCACUCUGCAAACUGCAUUACCAAGAUACGCCGCGUUGCUAUCUGGGCUGACGGACCCAAGAUGCCUCCUCGCGACGCUGCCAUGGCGCUCUUCGAGCAGCAUGCACGUUGGGGCGUUGAAGGCGAUAGGGUCUUGUUGGUCAAAUCCUCCACGCAGUACAAGAAGCUCUUGAACACGCGCUUCUCCAGUACAUGGGCGGACGCCGCUCAGAAAACAAUGGAUGCCUGGACCGCUAAGUAUGCUGCUCGUACCCAAGGUGUCUUCAUUCGUCAAGGUGGUAGACACAGUCCUGUUCUUAGGGGCAUGAAGACCAAGAAGCCACAGCUUGUCUCUUGGGUUGAAGACCUUCUGCUCGUUGUUGAAGACGAUAUCUUCAAUCUUCUCAAAUCAACUUGGGAUGUUAUUAACGAGGUCGACGGUAGCAUCUGCGAGAACAUCUCUAACGUUGUGGAAAAGAUUCGUCAUGGUCUUGAGAUCCAGGACGAGAUCGGAGGCGCCAACCUGGAAGGUGUCUUCGAGCUUUUUGAAGAAGAGAGAAAGUUUUGCAUCCGUGAUAUUAGAGAUGGCAUCAUUGAGCUUAAGACGAACCUGAGGCGAGUUCCAUGUAUCCUCGUCACGCUGAGCUACUCAAAUACUGACAUGAACAGAUCAACCGCCAUGAAGUCUAUCGCCGACGAGCCGUGUGACGAAGACUCGCCAGUUUUUGUCAGGGAGAUGUUCAAGAUCUUCACAACGACUUUCACAAAGUUUCCACCCAAGACCAAGAACGUUACAAAGGAGCGCAUGAAGUGUAUCAGAGAGCAGGUCCUCAGCGGUAAGGGACCUUACAACAUGAUGACCAACGAGAUCUCUGCUCAGAUGGUUCCGGUCAUCAAUUCAUGGGCUGACAAGGCCACUACGCGUAUCGAAACGAUGCACGCAGACCUUCGCGAUGUUCUCUUCAAGUCAUUUGAGGGAAAGAAGAUGUCAGACCCCAGACGCGAGCAGAUUGGUCCUUCCAUCGAGGCCGCAAUGACGAAGGCUAGAGCUAUUCUUCAAGCCGAUCUCGAUGGCUAUCCGGCCGACAUCAUCUAA